AUGAUUGUUAGUGUGUCGGGCUGUGAGAAGGAAGACGUGGUGUUCUUGGAUUGGGGUGUUCGAAUAAAAUUAGAAAUGGUUGUAUGAAAUGUUCCUGUUAGUAUACUUAUCUUUUACAGGGAACUAGUAGCUGUAAAGUGUUCUACACACAAUGGUAUACGUAUCUUCAAGUGGAACAAUUCAAGACAAAUCUCCAUGGAGUAUCUCAAGGUUAAUUGCAUUAUUAUGGGGUUUCCUGAAUUUCAUAGUUAUGUUCUUCAAGACUUUGAUCAACCCUGAUAUGAACAGACAUGGAGACAGAUACACAAGAGAUUACAGACCUGGACCUGGGCCUCCACGACCACCCCAGAGGAGAAUGGGUGGAUUUGGGAGUGGCAGCAUCAACAGUUGUGCCUCAUGUUCCUCAGGAUGAGGCUAAGAACUGUUCUCACAGACAGUGUGCCUUUUGUGUUUAGUAGCUUCUUUGUCAACAUCUUGAAGGACAUAAUAUAGUGACAUUGAUGCUCAUAAUACAGAUACUAGAAACAGGCACCUUGCUGAGAGGACAAAACCCAUUCCAUGUAUAUGAAUCCACUAGGAACCUUUUAGUGACAGUUGGAAGAAGCCACACAGCACUGUUUUUGCCUUAAAAUACUGCCAUAAGAAUUAACAUAAAGUGGGAUAAGUGACUUGGUAUUUGAUGUUACGUAUUUCAGUGUGUACCACUUGCAACCAGAAACAUAUUAUAUGUAGUCAAAAUUAAGUUUAAAUUCAGCAGUCAGUAAAGAUCAUUUCUCUACAAUGUUGAACUUGAUUUGUGUUUAGAAUUUGUUUUCUUGGCAGGGUACCCAGCACUGCUUUAUUAAUCUCAUUGUUUCAAUAAAAAUUCACAGUAUUUAAAACAGUCGCAGUUCAUUAUGCAGUAAUGCUGGUUGGCUGCUUGCAGCUCUUGACAUUCUGGUGACCUACAUAUGAUGUCAAAACUAAUAAACCUGAAUGAACAGGAGUAGUAUUGACAGAUGAUGGGCAUAUACUGGAUACUGCAAUGUGUUUUACAUUCAUUGCUUGAAUGCUUUUAUUUAACAUUGUGCACAUAAGCAUAUGACCACCUCCUAUAUAUUUCUUUGCAUUUUCCAUUUCAUGUUUAUAUACUUAUAUUCAAGGUAUGAGUAAACUGUAGAAAAAUAUUACUUUCUUGGUCAGUAUUUUUCUUUCCUUUUCUUAUAUGUGUGUGUGUAAGAUAUGAUUGAACACCCCUGUGGUGAAAUAUAUGUAAAUUGUAAAACAAUUAAAGCUUUGUCUUUAUACAGUU